GUCACAGAAUCCGUGACAGGUUUUGUCGUGUGUUUUUCAUCACCCGAUACGUUCCGAUUCAUUGGCCACACACCAAACACUACACAACCGCAGCGGCAUGUCGCGCCGUGGAUGAGUGCGAUUUAAAUUGAAUUAUGUAAGUGCCGAAUCGUACGACGACGAGCACGCUGCUAAGAUUGUAGAAUCCACCCCGGGAACGGAAAGCUGCUUGGCCACCGCGGCAGUUGGUGUCGAGAAGUGUGGCAGUAUGUUCGGUUUUCUGCGUGUCCCCGGUGUUGGGCAACUGUGUGCCCUCGAGCGGAUACCCUUUCGCUGUACGCAUAGUGGUCCACCCACCGGCGGUCAACCAAAUCAAGCACGUGUCGUAGUGGCCGGAGCCGGAUUGCUUGGCAACUCGGUCGCGUAUCAUUUGGCGGACAACGGAUGGACGAAUGUCCUGGUGCUGGACCAGGGAAGGAUCGGUAGCGGAACGUCACACUUCGGUUCCGGUACGAUUGGCCUGUUCAAACCAACGCCCGAGCGGAACAUUGUCGAGGAGAGUUUGAAACUGUACCAGAAGCUACAACAACAAGGCCACGCGAUCGGGUUGAGAAAGUGCGGCAGUCUUAAUUUAGCGCAAACUCACGACCGCAUGAUAGCACUGCAGCGACGAACCGCCUACAUCCUGCCAACCGGCAGUGUGCAGUGUGAGCUGGUGGACUCGGAAACGGCCAAGAAGCUACACCCCUUCCUAAACACCGACGAUCUGCAGGGGGCAGUCUACGUACCGGAUGACUGUAUCGCAGAUCCGGCCGCAGUCGUGCAGGUGCUGGCCAGUGAAGCGAAACGGAAAGGCGUCAAAUACUUCGAAGGGUGUCAGGUGAAAUAUAUUCACACGAAAAAUGGACGAGUGGAUUCGAUCGAAACGGAUGUUGGCAUCAUCAAGUGCGAGUAUUUUGUGAAUUGUAGCGGUAUGUGGGCCCGCGAGCUUGGUCUACACUGUAAACCACCGGUACGCAUUCCGGCCUACCCAGCGCAACAUUACUACGCCCUAACGCCAUCACUCAAUCUACCGACGGAUGACGAUAAUCUGCUGCCAUGUGUCCGUGAUUACGAUGCCAAUCUGUAUGCCCGCCAGUAUGACCAGUCGCUGCUGGUCGGAUGGUUUGAGAAGGAAGCGAAACCAGCGUUCGAAGAUACCAAGGACAUACCGAAGGCCUGGCAGGAGUAUCUGAACCAGGACCCAGCGCACUGUGCUCCUUUGUGGGAGAAGGCAGCCGAUCGGUUGACGGUUUUGCGUGACAUUCCGAUGCCGGAGCUGCGCAACAGUCCCGACAAUUUUACGCCCGAUGGUCGACUGAUCUUCGGUGAGUCGGCUGAGGUGGAGCAUUACUUUGUGGCUUGCGGCAUGAACGGUAAUCCACUGCAGGGUUCCGGUGGUGUCGGUAAAGCGCUGGCCGAGUGGAUCAUCAGCGGUACACCGACAAUCGAAAUGUUGCCAUUCAAUGUACAACGGUUCCUCGAUCUGCACAAUAACCGACAGUAUCUGCAGCAGCGGAUCCGCGAGGUGGUCGGACGCCAGUAUGCCAUUCUCUAUCCGAACCAGAGCGAGUACAAGUUCGCCCGGAAACUGCGCUGCUCACCGUUGUACAGUGUGCUCGAAGCACGUGGUGCCGUCUUUGGGACGAAGAUGGGCUACGAGCGGGCCCUAUACUUUGAUGCCGAUUAUAGGCGUGGUGAUCCAUUACCGACCUUGCCAGGGGGAAGCUUCUACAAGCCCAAGUUCUUCAGUUCCAUGGAGAAAGAAUACCAGGCGUGUGCGCAACACGUGGGCAUUAUCGAUAUAUCGUCGUUUUCGAAGAUUGAAAUCAAACCCGGAAUCCAGACGGACACGGGUUCGGGAGCGAAUGCGGUUCUCAGUUAUCUGCAGAUGAUGUGUGCCAAUGAUGUGAACAUUACCGUCGGUCAUAUAGUGCACACGGGCAUGUUGAACGAGGGUGGUGGCUAUGAAAACGAUUGCAUGUUAAUACGUCAAUCGGAGGACAGCUACUUCAUGAUUUCUCCGUCGUCCCAGCAGACCCGUAUCUACCAGUGGAUGUCCCGUAACUUACCGUCCGACGCUUCGGUGCAACUGAACGACGUUACCUCGAUGUACACCGUGAUUAAUGUGGUCGGGCCCAAGUCGACGCUGUUGAUGAGUGAACUGUCCAAUUCGGACGUACGGUUGGCACCGUUUACCUAUCGCAAACUGAACGUUGGUUAUGCCAGUGAUGUAAUGAUCAUGUCCUUUACGCAUACCGGUAUGCCGGGCUACUGUCUGUACGUACCUUCCGAGUAUGCGCUCCACGUGUACGACCGGUUGAUGACCGUCGGUCGGGACUAUGGUGUACGCGAUGUCGGAACCCUGACCCAGCGGUUUCUGCGGAUCGAUCGGUUCAUUCCGUUCUGGGGUGAUGAGCUGACCAGCAUGACCACACCAUUCGAGGCGGGCGUCUUUUACUCGGUACGAUUGGAUAUUUCCCAAUUGAAGAAAAAGGAAAACUUCAUCGGCCGCCAAGCAUUGGAAGCGCAGAAGCGGGACGGCAUACAGAAACGGUUGGUGCUGUUCCACGUUGAAGACAUCGACAUCGAAAAAGACGUGUGGCCAUGGGGAGGUGAACCGCUCUAUCGCAACGGGGAAUUCUGUGGCACGGUCACUUCCGCUGGCUACGGAUUUGGCACGGAAAAGCUCGUUUGCCUGGGUUACAUCAGUCGACCGAAAACGUCGCCAGUGACGGUCAUCACUACCGAGUUCAUCAUGGAUAAGGACGCCGUCUAUCAUAUCGAUAUCGCUGGUAAGAGGUUCCGACUAACGCAGCACGUCCAUCCCAUUGCAGCAAUGAGUCAAUCCAACGAACGCAAGGAUCACAGCAAAUCGUACCGUCCGACGGUCAUGAAGAUUAAAAAGCAGUAUCGAUAAGAACAGUAGAAUGGGCAACUCGUUCCGCCAAUCCGUCUGUGACUGUUGCAAACAAGAUGCUAUGUAGUAUCGAACGCGAUACUUGCGAAGGAACUUCAAACUAAAACUCUAAAACAUGCAAAAAUAGGUUCCUUAUCGUGCUUGAUUUUUGAGUAAUUCGUUCACAUUGUUAAAAAUCUGUUCGCAAAAACAUACCAAAGAUAAGACAUGAGCGUGGUGCGAUUGUCGAUGAUUGUACUUUGUAUAACUGUCCUUCAAAAGGAUUCAACCUAGUGGAAGGUAGUAACUAUAUUGGAAGGAAACGAAUCAUCGAAUGUUAGAUUUAUGAAUGUUCAGAGUACCUAGAAAGAGGAACGUCAAUUAGUAAUGAAUUUCCCACAGCACACAGCAGAGAACCUGCAAUGAUUCCUACAGCCCAGGCCUAAACCGGGUGUGGCUUAAAACAAAUAAAGUUAUAUCCACGGAUCUC